CGACAGUUGCGGCGUGUGCUCUGGUCCAGGUACGAGCCACGUGCCUGAGUCGGAUCGCGAUGUUUGUGGAAUGUGCUUCGGCGACGACUCGGCGCUUGACGCCUGCGGCGUGUGCUUUGGUGACAACGCGUGCCUCGAUGCCUGUGGCAUUCAGUGGGGCGACAACUCGACGUGUGCCGGCUGCGAUGGCGUGCCACACUCGAACAAGGUCCGCGACGUGUGCGGAGUGUGCGAUGGCGAUGGGAGCUCGUGCCUCGGCUGCGACGGGAUGCCAAUCCCUCUCGGCGGCGGCCACUAUGAUGCGUGUGGCGUGUGCGGUGGGACAGCGGUCGGGACGUGCUACGACUCGUGCGAUCCGCUCUCGCCGGUCCCGGUUGUUUUCGACUGUGCCGGCGUAUGCAACGGGAGCGCUUACGUUGACGAGUGCGGCGUGUGCGUCAACGGGACCACCGGCCGGACGCCACUGAUGCACCUCGAUGAUUGUGAUGUGUGCUUUGACCGCUGUGAGGGCUGCAUCGGCGGCCUUGUUCCCGACUCUUGUGGCAUCUGCGGCGGCGACGGCUCGACCUGCCUCGGAUGCGAUGGCCUCGGCUCGGUGGUCGACCUCUGCGGCGUGUGCAACGGGACGAACGCGUGCAUUGCCACUUGUAACGCCGGCAUCAGCUCAACGGCAGCCUACGAUUGCGCCGGCGUGUGCGGUGGCGACGCGUUCCUCAACGCUUGCGGGUUUUGCGUCGGCGGCACAACCGGACUCGCGCCGAGUACUUUUGUCGACGUAUGUGACGUUUGCUUCGGCGGCGGCCGCGAUCUCGACUCGUGCGGCGUGUGCUUUGGCAAUAACGCUAAUCGUGACGAAUGUGGUGUGUGUUUGGGCGGGAACAGGGCUAUGGACUCUUGUGGCGUGUGCUUUGGUGGCGAGUCCUUGCUUGAUGUUUGUGGUGUCUGCCGCGGCAACGGAACAACCUGCGCCGGCUGCGACUCAAUCUCCAAUUCGGGUCUCGAGUACGACAGCUGCGGUGUGUGCGGCGGCGCUAGCACCUGUCGCGCGCAGUCGAGCACGGCGGCGGUUGGGUCCGCCAUGCCGAUUGUCGCAGCAUCGUCGUCGGGCUUGCUUGUGCUCAUCAUUGCUGGCCUCGGGUUUAUGUACUGGCGACGUCGGCGGCGGUUCUCCAAGGUGUACAUCGAAGAGAAGGCUCAAGCUGCUGCGGCCGAGGCGCCGUCGGGCACAAUUGCGGUCAUGAUCACCGACGUGCAGAGCUCGACGUAUCUAUGGGAGGCGUAUCCGGAAGAGAUGGUGACCGCGAUCGACGACCACAACACCGCGUUCCGCGCCAAACUCGACGCUCACAACGGAUACAUCAUUCGAACCGAAGGCGACUCGUUUGUGGUGGCCUUUGAUGAGGCGGCGGAUGCCGUUGCUGCAGCUGUUGCCAUUCAGAUUGCGCUCUACGAUUUGGAGUGGCCGGCGGGCAUCCUGGCCGAUAAGAAGGUGCCGACGGUCGACGGGGUCUUCCGCGGCCUGCGCGUUCGGAUGGGCAUCCACGUGUGCAGUCCGGCGCGAGCAUUUGAAGAGCGGACGCAGCGGUUUGUCUACACCGGGCCAACGAUGAUCGACGCGCAGCGGAUCGGCGACUGCGGAACUGGUGGCCAAGUGGUGGUGGAUGCGGCUGCGGCCGCAGCAGCGGCAGACCUUGGCUUCACCACCGGCUCACUCGGCGAGUACCGCGCCGAGAGCGAGCUGGAAGGGAGCGCCAAGAACGAGAGCAGUGGUGAGCAGAUCGACACCUACCAGCUUUCUCAGGUGGUGGUGCCGGGGCUGGAGGCUCGCAUCGCCGCCUUUGCCGAACUUGAGCUUCGUGGUCUCGAGCGGGUCGGCCCAGCUACGCUGCAGGAUGCGCUGCAGGCGCUGCAAACCGAGCGGCUGAUCGCUAGUGACGGCUUCAAUACCGCAGACUCUAUGGUCAUCCGUCAGCUUGACGAUGAGGAGACAGCAACAUCGAUCGAAACGGGUGAGCCGGGCUUUGAGUCGUCGGAAAGGAGCUCAAGGCGACGCGCGCGAAGUGGGAUGGCACUCCGCAAGAUGACGUCGGCAGGAAGCCUCAAUGCUUCGACCCCCAGCUCCGCACUGCGAUACGUUGGCUCUGCAGCGACACCUACGCGAGUGGCAUCGUCGAGGUCGGCAAUUGGGCUCCGUCGGCAGCGGACGCACUCGCCGCAGGCACUCAAGCCAGCGCGGCGAGUCCUGAGCUCACCGCCGGCUGACGCGGCGACGCUCUUUACAGCGCUUACCUCGGCGGCUGCAGACCCGCUGACGCCGGACAUGGUGCUCACCGAGUAUGUGCUUCCGGCACUUGCGCGAGCGGUUGCGUCGCCGCGGGUGGUAGGAGCUGCACUGGCGAGCAAGCCCGAGGCGGUGGUCACCCUUGCUGACCGUGUGGCCAACGCCGCCGGCUCGCGCGGCCUCAAGGUGCCGGAUCCGCUGCUGCCUGAGGCGUACGGCAUGCUGUUGGCGCUUGGAUGGAGCCAGGAGUGCGACGGCGAGGUGCUGGCGCGGUUGAUCCGACGCGGGUAUGCUGACCAGGUGGCGGCGAUGAUGGUGCCGCAGCCUGGGCUAAUGGCGCGGGUCUUUGGCGGAGCUGCCGGAGCCUCGCUCUCACCGCAUGAGGCGAGCGUCCUUGUGGGGAGCGUGGUGGAGAUGCAGACGCACAUGGGAUCACCGAUGCCCGAGGUCCGAGCACUGGCCGGAGUGGUGGCAAACAGCUUAUCGGUGGUGCUCUCGCCGACUGCACCGCUCACGCUCACCACGUCUGGUCUCGAGCCCGAGUUUUACGACGCCACGGGGAAGGACGAAGCUGAAGAGGAAGCACCAGAUCCGACAGAGUCAGUGGCGUAUGUGAUCGGCGACGACUGCAGCGGCGAGGGACAUGCCGGAUCGUCGUCGUCGUCAUCGUCGUCGUCGUGUGAGUUUGAGGCGUACUCGAUCGACGUGGAUGGGCCAUCGCGGCGGCGGGCGAUGCGCAAGGCUGGAGCUGCAGGCAGUGGGAAGAGCGAGAGAAGCGGGAUUGCCAAGCCUGUGUACACGAGGCAAGCGCUCGAGUGGCUACGGCAGAGCGGGAAGAACACACCUGAGGAGGCAGAUGCACAGCUGGGAGCGCUGACUGCGCUGCCAGAUCUUGUGCGGGCGUCGCCACCCGAGCUUGAGGAGCUGGGAGCACGGCUUGUGCAGCGCGUGAUAGCGCUCGACGGCGGCGGGGAGGGUGAGAGCUUCGAAGAGCUCCGUGGGGCGGCAUUGAUGACACUGGCGGAGGCAUGCGACAGCGCACUGUACGCGCUGGCAGACGGGUUUUAUGGCAAGGGAUACACGCUGUCCCAACGUGCGCGGAUGCUUGCGGUGGUGGUCGAAGGGGUCCGGUCGCGGGCGGAAGCGCGGAAGAAGGGCACCGACACGGCGUCGACGUCGGCGUCGGCGUCGGACAAUGCUAGUGGCGAAGAUGGGGCUGGAGCAAGUGACGAGGUGGCGGCGGCACGAGCGGCAGCGCACGCGGUGAUCGACGCGCGGCUGGCGGCCAAGACCAAGUACUACCACCCGCUAUCGCGAGCGAGGGCAGCGCGAGAAGCGCAGAGGGCCGGCAAGGAGGAGCAAGCGCAUGUGGCAGCGCUGGAUGAUGAGCGUGCACGUGGGGUGUUCUACCGGCUGUUGAGCCCGUUCGACGGGCACGCGCCCAUGCUCCUCGACCUUGUCGACUCGAGCUCGCCGUCGUACUUGGUGGUCCACCUUGUGAGUGCAAUCGGGGCUGUUGUAGAAGCCGCGGGCGGGUUGCACUCUGUGCGGAGGAUGGCGCGAGAUGCGCUGGAGCUCUUUGUAGGGCUGGCGGCAUCGAGUGCGGCGCUCGUGCGGCACGCGGUCAUUGUGGCUGUCUGCCGGGUAGCCGGAACCGUGGCGGGGUGGAUGUUGCGGACGGACGCGCCCGGAGUGGUGAGCGAAUUGAUGCGCGCCAUCGCAAGCGAAGCAGCGGAGGGCGGAGAGGAAGUUGAGGAGGGCCGGCGGGUGGCGUUGGCGUUGCUAGGGGGGUAA